AUGUCCCGUCAAAGGGCACAGUCGACUAGCGAUGCCAUCAAAGGCCCGCAUUCCGUGAGCUUGAAGGUACUGAGACUCUCCAGGCCUUCUCUCGCUGGCCAGACUGCGCUUCCUGCCCUGGAUGAGGACAAAGACCUCUCCCUCCCCCGCCAUGCAUCUCGCGGCUAUCCCGCCAGCGACGCGCACGACUUGUCGACCAUCGCGCCCGUUCUUCGCCUCCCGGAGUCGUUUGCGGCAGCAUACGUAGGAGAGUUCUUUACCUGCACGCUGUGUGGGAACAAUGAGAUUGACGAAGGCGACGAGACGCGCGCCGUGUCUCGCGUCCGUAUCACCGCCGAGAUGCAGACGCCGUCGAACCCCGGCGGAGCGCAGGUGGAUCUCGACACGACGAAUGGGGGCGCGGAGGCCGCGGACGUGGCCCCGGGGUCGUCGCUGCAGAAGAUCUUCCGUGUGGAGCUGAAAGAGGAGGGGAAGCAUACGUUGGUGGUAACGGUGUCAUAUACCGAGACGCAGUUUGCCAGCGAGGGCAAGGCCGCCGGCGGGAGGAUGCGGACGUUCAGGAAGUUGUAUCAGUUCGUGGCUAUGCCUCUGAUUGGGGUCCGGACGAAGACGAACGAGCUGCCUUCGAAGAAGGACGGCGCUCGCUUCUGCCUGGAAGCUCAGUUGGAGAACCUCAGCGAUCAUACCGUCUGUUUGCAGUCUGUGGACAUCCUCCCGAAGCCACCGUUCAAACCCAGCUCCUUUAACUGGGAGCUGAAUCUCGCGAACCCUACGUCCCCCACAAUUGGACCUCGCGAUGUCUACCAGAUCGCCUUUCUACUCGAGCAGCAACCGACGAAAGACUCGGGCGCCGACGUAGGGCCGUCGCUGACGCCGGACAAGCGCCUGAUACUGGGCCAAUUAUCUAUCCACUGGACGUCGCCGAUGGGUGAUCAGGGGUCGCUCAGCACCGGGUGGCUUACGUCCAUUCUUCCGUCGGCGUGA